AUGGACUUUUGGUGCCGAAGAGUAUGCAACCUCUCUGCAUGUGAGUUGGUGUCACUUGUUAGAGCGCCUUUGCUGACAGGUUCUUGCCACAGAAAAACCUCUACCAUAGCAAGGGAAGCUUCACUCAAACCGCGCCAGUGCAUCGGUAAGAUAAAGUCAUGGAAUACGUUCGAUCGUCGAGGUGUCAUUGUGGAAGAGAAGACCGGCCAGGAAUAUGUCAUUCCCAACACGAGGGCCUUCGAAACAGUCCUCCCAACGCUGCUUCGGUCUCUGGAAGGAGCCACAGCUACUUUCGACGUCACGGAGGAUGCUAAUGCAGGGGACUGCGUCAUCAUUCGUUCGCGUACAGAACCCAUUACAGCCCGCAGCUAUGAUCGGAAUCCCCCGCUCGACUAUUUGAGCUUCUUGACUUCGUCAAAUGAAGUAAAAUCGAGCACAUCUGCCGUACCGAGUGGGUCAAGCAUACAAUCGAAUGAUACGAGCAAACCAAAGGUGGGGCAAUAUGCGAUUAAAAUUACGAUUGACCUUAAUAGUAUCCCAUCCGAUCAGUUGGUGCGUCUGAGCGGCCCACUGGUGAAUGAAGAGCCUGUUCCACCAACCAAAAACUACAAGGAUAUGCGCAGCUGCCGUAUCUUUUCCGACAAUUUCAACGAGUUUUUGAGGAUCAAACGACAGCUGGGGAGCUCCGAGAAAGCUCAGGAGGUGAUCGAUCAGCGUAUUGAGCAAGCACAAAAGAGCUUACCACAGCGUAAGGUCGUAGCUGAGGAGGUAACAGGAGUCGUAUUGGUAUGGUCCUCUAUUCAUCGCAGCGGUGUCGUCAUGGAGGGGCUCAGCGAAAUUCCUAAAGACGCACCGCCGGUCAAUCCGUCCGAUUCCACAAAGGUUAGCAUCAUUCGCAAUGUGUACUGCUUCCAAAGUGCAUUGCCUACUUCACAAUGUUUGGUGAAUCGCCCCAUAGUCUUCACCAAGGUGACUUACUCUACACAGCCCGGCAAGACUUUCGCAGAAAACAUUAUUGUUCAGGGCAAGGUAGAGUUCGACGCGAGUACCGCCUCCAUCGAGGAGGCUUCUGCCGCAAAGAAAAAAAUGCAGCAGCUUGAAAAGCGACGACGACAGCUAGGUACCCUAUACGACGAGGGGGACAUGGAAGAAGGGUCCUCCACAUUUGGGGUUACCAGUAGUGAAGAAGCACAUUCUGGGCGACAUCCGGACUCGAGUCAAACGCCUCGCGGUGAGGCUGCUACGAAUGGGGAUGGUAGCGCGACCCCCAAAGGCCCCAUGUACGGCGUUAUUACCCGCUGGAGUGGUGGGCAGGGGACCGUUGAAAAUGGGCAAGGUCGCAAAUACUACAUUCAGUCCGCCGCGGUGUUUACCCAGCUGGUGGAUCAGUCAAGCCAUACCAUCCGUGGUGCCGUGGUGACCUUCCGUGUGAACGAGGCGCACCCGCGCUACGUGGAGGAGGUGAGCAUCUUGUCAACGCCUGCCUCCUCCUCGAUGGCGAUAAAGCCUUUGCUCGAUCGUGUUCCAGGUAGUUCCACCCGGCGGGCAUCCGAGUCUCGUAUCGCGCGCACCACUGUCCUGAAGGUGAACGAGCUUACCGGGAAGCAAGUGCCGCACAGCAUCGAAGUGGAGCCAGAGAGUGUCGAUUGGCUCGAGGGCACACUCGUGGCAUGGUCCACUCAUGAGGGUCAAGGCAUCAUCCAUGGGCAGGACGACAAUCGAUACGUUCUUAAAGAUGCUGAAGAAAAUGUGAUUCUUUAUUCACACCGAAAAGCGCUUUUGAAGAAGGGACGCAAGGUUAAAUUCACGGCUUUCGGCAGCACCGGUCUGCUCGCGUGCAACGUCGUCCCACUCGCCACAGAGGCCGACGAGGAGGAGCUGCGCGCAGAGGAGCUGCGGCCAAAAGAACCCACGCGGACCAUGGAUGGCAACCUCGACGAGGCUUUACCGUCACCGACUAGCACUUCCUAUUGGAUCUCACGGAUCGAAAAUUCUGGGAUCGAUGUUAGUGAGGUGAAAAAGUUGCAGAAUCGGGCCAUAAGCCCAGAGGAACUGAACGACGAUAGCCAGUUUCUCGACACCGAUGACCUUUUAAAAAAGGACCGCUGGUGGAACGAUCCGCAAAAAAACAAAAAGUUCCCAAACAGCAACGUACGGUAUGGUGAUCUUCAGCUCAUUGGACCAGCGUCGAUGCUGAACUUCGCUGCCAAGGCACAGGAUCCUCAAAGGCUGCAAAAAAUGACGGAUAAGUACCAAUCGAAGCUCACUGAAGAGCAAAAGAAGGAGGCGUGGAGGCGCGCAAAGGAAAUGGCUCCAAGAUAUGAAGAAUUAGUAAAGAAAUCAAGAGAACGGAAUGAAGAGCCGCAGUUUUACUUUUUCUAG